AUGGUAUUUGGCAUGAACAACUUGUUCAUCGCUUUCGCUUCCUGUCUUUGCAAAUCUGCAUUACAACUCUGGCGUGGGUACGUUUUUACACAGGAUAUGCACCCAAUUGAAUUCUAUGUCGAGUCCGAGCAGCUUCGGCGGCAAAUCCUCGAGGUGAUAACCGACCGGCAGACGAAUCCAAAUCCCAGGCCGCUGUCCACGCAGCUCUACGAAAGUCUGUUCGCAUCGUCAGCACCAGCGAACAGCUCCGCCUCUACGGCUUAUGGAGACCCAGGCCGGGAAACGGAUCAGAUCAAACUGAAUUCCAAUUACCAAUACGGUGGCUCCUCCGCCUCCAGUACGCGCAGUACCCCCGGGGGCCGGCUAUCCGGAACCAGGAGCAACCACGGGCGGGCGGCCGGCACGGCGAGCGUGAUGCUGGAGCGAAGCCGGAAUUUGAUGGCCAAGUUCUGUUUGGCACAGAACGACGCCGGUGGAGGUCCCGGAGCGGACGGGCGGAGGCAGGCGAGAUCGGAAAACGGUUUCAACGGCCGCGGAGGCGGUGGAUAUCGCAAGAAAAAACUGUUUCACUGUGAACUUGUGAUGCAUAGAAUGGAACACAGAACUAUUUGUCUUGCUACACCUGCAAGACCUUGACUCUCUAGGGGUGUUUUUCCGUUGGAAGCGCGCAUGGCAAAUUUUCUGUGUCAUGUGCAACAAACUUGUGAUGCAGAUCUUGCAAAAUCAUCACAGUGAAACAGUUUUGUCGUGGGAUAGUGGAAACACCAGAAACAGUCGAACGAGCAAACUGUUUCGCAGCACGUUCGGAGGAAAGCGAUUGACCCGGAACAGCUUCGAAAGUAACGAAGGCGCGGGGGCACCCAACGUCCGAUCCGAUUUGGAAAUUUUGCAAAAUUACCUGCGCCACGACUGCGAAACGGCCUUGAGCAAGCUUGUGGAGAAGAGUAAGGGCAACACCAGCAGCAACACCGCUAGUACAACUUCAUUUCACGUCAAGCUCGGCACAAAAACUACUUUCCAGAGGUACGAGGCUCUGGUCGAGAGUAUCGUCAGCGAGUAUUCCGAUUUGGGACAUCUAGAAACCUUUUUCGAAGUGAAUUACCCGAAUGGCAUGCGGGAAGAACAAUUUGGGUGUAUCAAAUGUAAAAAUGUCUGGGUCUGGAAGAUUGCCAGGUUUGUCAUGCACAUUUUGCAUGACUCCUGAUGUCUGUGAUGCAUACCCUAGCAUAACAGAUUUUGUGAGGGCUUCCUGAUGCCUAUACCGCAUGACAAAUGCUCUUUCCGUGUAGCAAAACUUGGACUCUCUUUGCUGCUCAUGCAAUACAGAUUUUUUUAGAGUCCGAAAUCAGCAUGACAAGUUUGAUUCUUCCAGACCCAGGCAUUUUUACAGUUGAUAGGGUGGUUUUUGGUGCAAAUGCAGGACGAGAAUUCCCUGGUCGCGAAGGUAUCAACUGUGAAAAUGUCUGGGUCUGGAAGAAUUCAUGUUUGUCAUGCUUGUCAGGCAUGACUCUUAAAUCUGUCAUGCACGUUACCCAAGAGCUCCGUUUUUCUGUGAUGCAGAAGCGCAGUUUGUCAUGCAGAAUAGGCAACACCUAGGAGCUCAGAAACUUGUCAUGCUGAGCCAGCAGCUGUAGCCUCAUCAUGAGACGCUACCCAGCAUCACAAGUUCCCAGACCCAGACACUUUUACUUUUGAUAGAAGGAGGUCUUUUCCUUCCUCAAACCGCCCUGGAAAACGAGUUGUAACGCAGCCAGCAUUGCGUCGAACAGUAGUUUUGGUGCGACGUCGGCGCACCAGCAAUACCAGUCGCAGAACACUGCGACCAGUAGUAUGUUGGACCAGCUCCACAUGUCGAGUUUUGACCAAAUAUGACAGUGCACAACUCGUCCCCCUCCCCCCUCAUUUGUAAUGCAAAAUACGAAGUUCACAUCUUGCCCUCAAGCACAGUCUGCGUCACAAAUUUUGGAGCUUCAUCAAACAGUACUACAAUCCAUGUGCAGACUUGUCAUGCGGAAGUCACAUUUCUGGCGUUGCUUGUAUUGCUGUUCAUGCCAACAUUCGAAUGAGGGGGAGGGGGAGUUCUUGUGCACUUUCAUACCAAACUGCGAACGCUCUGAACAAGUUCGGCCUCCGCCGGUGGUUGUGCGAUGCGAGCCGAAAUUGCAUCUGUAGCGGGCACGAGAACAAUGGCGGUUCUGGUGCGACGAGUCUUAAUCUUGGAGAAGACAGCUUCAUCGAGGACCAUGUGGACCACAGCCUGAUUGAAGUCGACGAGCGAACCCUCGAUUACCCGUUCGCCAGUAUGCUGUGCAAAAAUGUUUGUCCCCACCGCCCCACAGUCAAGAUGGCAAAUCUGCAACACAAAUGUCCAAGUUUUGGGAGUUCUGCAUGA